AUGGCCGGGCCUGGCGCGGGGACCCCGGGCUCGGGGGCUCGCGACCUGUUCGCCGAGGGGCUGCUGGAGUUCCUGCGGCCGGCCGCGCGCCAGCUCGACUCGCACGUGCACGCGGUCAGGGAGAGCCAGGUGGAGCUUCGGGAGCACAUCGAUAACCUGGCCACAGAGCUGUGCAGGAUCAAUGAAGACCAGAAGGUUGCGCUCGACUUGGACCCAUACGUGAAGAAACUGCUGAACGCCCGGCGCCGAGUUGUGCUGGUCAACAAUAUCCUACAGAAUGCACAGGAACGGCUGAGGAGACUCAAUCACAACGUGGCCAAGGAGACUGCCCGCAGGAAGGCCAUCCUGGAGGCAUCAGGCGGCUACCCCCAGGGCUCUCCCAGCAAGUGAUGCUGGGGAGAGCCUGGCUGGACAGGCCGGUGCUUUGCUGAACUGAUGCCCAAUGGAUUCUAAAGCUGCUACUAGGAGAUCAGGUGGGGAGGGGGAGCCGAGAGCACCCGGCCCUGCAGGAACUCCGCUACCAUCGUACCUGCAGAGCUGAAUGUAUGGGCUGAAGUUGCUGUUGGGGGGUGUGUGGGGGGGGAAACUGUAUGGGUGUCAAAUGGAGGGAGAACUGCUCCCAGGGAGACCGCAGCAAGCUAGGCAGGUGGCCCUUCGCUGGCAUUGAUGCUUCCUUGUCACCCACUGGGGUAGGGGGAGGUAGGCAGCACCCGCCGGUGUCUCCUUCGCUGUCUGGGGGCUGCGGCUCUGACCAGCUGCCCCCACGGUCCAUCCAGGGGGCUUGUCCUAACGUUUGCUCCAGUCAGCGAGGGGAGGGGCCAUGUACAAUAUAUUGCUACUCUUGGAGGUGGUACGAUAAUAAACUGCCUAUUGCUUAUGA